AUAUGGAUCUCCACAACUUCUUGUUUAGACAAAAGCUUGUCUAAAUUCUGUGUCUCUCCUGACAAUGAGCACAUACAAGAAACCUAAGAGUGGUUGACACCUCUCCCUCCUAGUCCUGAUAAUCCAGGACCCCAGGACUUGAGAGGACUAACAAUUUGCAAGACUACAACUCCCAGACAUCCUUGCGCCUAAAGACACGCGAGACCUUCCCGGAAGCGGAAUUUUACCUGGAGCCUUAAAUAAAACUAACCGCAGACUUCCGAGCACACUGUCGGCUCGUCUGUCGCGCUGCCUGCUCUCUUACGCUCAGGCACUCUCAAAGACACCUCCACCCAGGCUUGAAGCGGCCUUGUUGUAGGGGCUCGCGCAGACGCACUCGCUUCGACGUUGGGCCUCGCGCAGGCGCAUUUACCUCUUCAGGGUCCUAGCUGAGGGACUCGCGGUACCAGAAAGCUCGGGAGCGUUUAGUGGCGUCUGCGGCCUGACGAGAAGGCGACAUGGACGACGAAGAGGAGACCUAUCGGCUAUGGAAGAUCCGCAAGACCAUCAUGCAGCUGUGUCAUGAUCGGGGCUACUUGGUGACCCAGGAUGAAUUAGAUCAGACUUUGGAAGAGUUCAAAGCCCAGUUUGGGGAUAAACCCAGUGAAGGACGGCCUCGACGCACUGAUCUUACUGUAUUGGUGGCCCACAAUGAUGACCCCACAGACCAGAUGUUUGUCUUCUUCCCAGAGGAACCAAAGGUUGGAAUAAAGACCAUCAAGAUGUACUGCCAGCGGAUGCAGGAGGAAAACAUCACCAGAGCCCUCAUCGUGGUGCAGCAAGGCAUGACACCUUCUGCCAAGCAGUCUCUGGUUGACAUGGCGCCCAAGUAUAUCUUAGAACAAUUUCUACAGCAGGAGCUGCUCAUCAAUAUCACUGAGCAUGAGCUGGUUCCAGAGCAUGUUGUCAUGACAAAAGAGGAAGUCACGGAGCUGUUGGCGCGAUAUAAGCUUCGAGAAAACCAGCUGCCCAGAAUCCAGGCUGGAGAUCCAGUAGCACGUUAUUUUGGAAUAAAGCGAGGACAGGUGGUGAAGAUCAUAAGACCCAGUGAAACUGCCGGCAGAUAUAUCACUUACCGGCUGGUGCAGUAACAGGCUCCUGACUCCCUGAGAACAUCCCUGGAAAUGCACUAGCCUCUGAAUCCUGUCUGAGCACGCAAGGCAGAUCUGCCUGGGAAGAGGGCUGACACUUCUACGCCAUUCAUCCACGGGUUGCUGUGUGUGCUGCCUGACCCAGUGAAGAAAGCCUAGGGUUUUCCUUCUCACUUACCCAACAGGACAAACUGGAGACAAAGAGAUGGCAGAGGAUCUUUUUUGAACAGAAAUGGUGGGGGAGAUUAGUGGUUCAAAAAUAGAUCUUACAUCUUGGCCUCCAAACCAUUCUUUGCAAAGAUGCCGGAUAAUAUGGCUUAUAUACAGAUCUGAUCAGGCAAUUUUCCUGCCUAAAACUUGUACUGGUUCUAGUGUGUCGAGGAGAAAUGAUCUUCUUCUCUUUGUGAAUGAUGUCCCCCUGACCUGAAUAAGCAAUUGUAUAAUUUUAUUCUGCACUGUUUUAAGGUUUUACCUUAUCUGAAAACCCUCUUCCUUAAUUUCUACCCAUUGAAAUUAUUACCAAUUCUUGACCCGAAGGGUUCAUUUCUUUCUUGAAACCUUAUCCUUGGUAAAAAGGGUAAUGUGGCGUGGUGGAAAUGGUGCUGGACUUGGAAUGAGGAAAAACAGGAUGAAAUCUCAGUGAGCCUUUCAUUUCAUUAUUUGUUAAAUGGCAGUACCUACCAUAGUGCUUUUGAGAAUUACAUGGGUAUGUAUGAAGUGCUUUGCAACCAUAAAAGCACUGAAUGAACAUUUAUUUCUCCUGUAAAAAUUAUCUUAUGCUCAUUUUUUCAUGUUUAGAUUUGAUUUACUUUUGUUAAACUUUACCUUGUAUUAUACUUGUUUGUGAUCUCUCAUGUUAGACUGUAAAUUCCUGUAAUGUAGCAAGUCUCAUUCAUCUUUAUUAUCCCCAAGUGCCUAGUACAGUGCUUUGUCUAUGACAAGUACUUAAUAAACAGUUUAAUUGAAA